UGUAAGAUGAAAACCUCUCAAAUUCGAUAAAAUGUAGAAGUAGAUAAGAGGUCUACAUUUUUUUAAGAAAAUGUAGAAGAUAUAUGUGAACUAAAUUUUUCGAAAAGUCAACGGUUUAUCAAAUUUAAUGUGUAUAGAUUCAAAUUUAACACGUCUCUGUUCGUCAUGAAAGACUAAAGAAACCUUGUAUACGAAUGGGAUAAUGGGAGGCCGCUCCUCGAGAAAAAAAAGAAGGAACAGAGUAACAUAGAGAGAGAGAGAGACAGUGGAAGAUGUUCCAUUUCUGAAAUCAAGACCAUCAUCAUCAUUCAUCACCAGACAAAAACAGUGUUCAAUCAUUUGACAAAGCCUUCCACUUUCCAACUCAUACCUUUUUUCAAAAAUCAAAACUUGUGUUGGGUUGCUGUAUUGUCUCUCACUUGCUGGAUAUUUUGCCUCUGAGAAGAUAUCAGCUGAAAAAGAAGAGAUCUUGAUCUCUCAACCUCCAGUUAGCUCAAUGUCGGUCCCUGAAUCUUUUGAAUCGCCACAACCUGUUCCUUUGGUCUACACCGAUGUAACUGUUGUUCCUGAGCAUGAGAGAAAUGAGCUUGAAAAGUCAAUAUCAAGCCUCGAAGGGGAGGUUUUGGAAUUGAAGUCAAAGCUAAAGUCAUUGGAUGACAAGAGAAAGGAAGUUCUGAAUAAGAUUAUAGACACUAAAGGAAGCAUACGUGUGUUUUGUAGAGUUAGACCAUUUCUAUCCACGGAAAGGAGACCGAUCAGGGAGCCUGUUUCGUUUGGAUCAGACAAUGUUGUUGUAAGAUCUGCUGGUGUUCGAAAGGAGUUUGAGUUUGAUAAAGUUUUCCAUCAAUCAGCAACUCAAGAAGACGUUUUUGGAGAAGUGAAACCGAUUCUUAGAUCUGCACUCGAUGGUCACAAUGUGUGUGUCUUGGCAUAUGGUCAAACUGGGACAGGAAAGACUUUCACCAUGGAUGGCACAAACGAGCAACCAGGCCUUGCUCCUAGAGCUAUUAAGGAGCUUUUCAAUGAAGCUUCAAUGGAUCAUACACAUUCUGUGACUUUUACGAUGAGUAUGUUGGAAAUCUACAUGGGUAACCUGAAAGAUCUUUUGUCAGCAAGACAGCCUCUGAGGUUUAAUGAAGCCUCAGCUAAAUGCAACCUCAAUAUUCAAGUAGACUCUAAGGGUUCGGUCGAAAUCGAGGGGUUGACUGAAGUUGAAGUGCCGGAUUUCACAAAGGCUAGAUGGUGGUACAACAAAGGAAGACGAGUCAGAUCAACUUCUUGGACAAAUGUGAAUGAAGCUUCGAGCAGAUCUCAUUGUUUAACAAGGAUUACAAUCUUUCGUCGAGGGGAUGGUGUGGGGUCAAAAACUGAAGUUAGCAAGCUUUGGAUGAUAGAUCUCGGAGGGAGCGAGAGGCUCUUAAAAACUGGUGCAAUAGGGCAAACUCUAGAUGAAGGAAGGGCCAUAAACCUCUCACUUUCCGCUCUUGGAGACGUGAUUGCAGCUUUAAGGAGAAAGAAGGGACAUGUGCCUUACAGAAACAGCAAGCUAACUCAAAUCCUUAAAGAUUCUUUAGGUACUAGAUCAAAGGUUCUGAUGCUUGUGCACAUAAGUCCACGUGAUGAAGAUGUCGGUGAAACAAUUUGCUCUCUGAGCUUUACAAAACGUGCGAGAGCCAUAGAGUCUAACAGAGGAUUAACAGAAGAACUUCGAAAGCUAAGAGAAAAGAAAAUAUCAGAACUUGAAGAAGAAAUGCGAGACACUCAAGAGAGUUGCAAGAAGAUCAUAACACGCUUACAGGAAGCAGAGUGUCUUCUUAGUGAUAACAAGAAACUCUUGCGGACCACUCAUGAGAAGUAUGAAGAGGACAUCGAAGAAAAAUUUCUUUCGCCUAUAAAUCAUCUGAAAGAGAGCGACGCAACCCCAAAAUCAUCUGACAAACUUGUUAAAAUAAGCAAGAGUUCAGGGUAUGUCCCACGUUUCAUGACUUCAACUGUUACUAGUCGACUAAGGCAAACAAUGUCAGAGAAGGAAAUCAAUGCAAGGCCUCAGAGCAUAAGAUCAGUUGUUAAAACUCUUACACAGAUUUCCACUUCUCAGUCGCUUAGUCUCUCUGACUCACGCAGCAGAGGUCUCCUUCGAAGAUCAUACACAAAGCCGCUUCAAGCUGCAGCUAAAAGUGGAACACCAGAAACCCCUAAAAGGGAUGUCAAAGACACUUCUUUACAGAAAAAGAAUAUCAGUGAUACUCCAAAGAGCAAAAUGGUUACAUCGUCAGAUCCAAAUGUGAGAGCUAAACUUUGUUACCACAGGCGGAGAAUGUCAAGCUUGACAUGAUCUAACAACGGUCAAUCAAGAACCAGGUCUUUCGUCUUUCUUUUACAUUCCUUGUGAAUUUGCGAGUUCUAGUCUAGGGUGAUGGUCCAGUUGCGAGUUGAGGACCAUUGGCACUUGUGGAUGUUGCAGUUCUGGUUUUAUAAGGACACAACACUCAAGUUACUCUUUGUUCUUACAGCUGAGAGCUUGCCUAUAUGUUUUGUUUUGUGUGGGACUAUUUUCUCAAAUCUUUCUUUGGAUUGGUUAGCUUUUGAUUUUGGAUGUUCUUAUGGUGUUGACAGAAACUGGAUCAUAAUUAAUACUUCAGAUCCAGUCUUAUUUGGGGGUUUCAAAAAGAGAAGUGUGAAAUGCACUUGAUGGGUCUUAUUUGGGGGUUUCAAAGAGAGAAGUGUGAAAGGCACUUGAUGGUUUUUUUUUUUUUGUAAUCUUUUGAAGAUCCUAAUGAAACAAUAGAAUACAAUAUUCCUACU